GUUUGAACAAGUCGGGUGCAUUUUUAAAUUAAUUCAGGUGAAGAAUUGUUGCCAAGAUGGACCCAUUCAAUGUUUUCAGGGUUACAUUUUUAGGAAUGUUGAUAUGCUUCAAUGCGAAUGUCGAAUGCGGUACGUCUGGAUGUUACAAUGAUUACCAACAGUGCUAUGACGCAAAUGUAAAGAUUGAGAGACCUCAGUCCCUUAGAGGAGACUGGACUUCUUUUUGCAAUGCAGCAAAUACGCUUGAUAGCUGUUUAAAGAACGACAAAACUUCCUGUGGACUAAAUGAUGCUGAACCACAAGAGUACUCUAAAUACGUUGAUAUUGCAACAGAUAGUAAGAAAUCCUGUAAAGUCGUUGACUGUGCAACAAAUGGUCAAAAAUGUACUGCAUCCCUGGCAUCCAAUCCAAAAUGUACCGACAUCAACAAUUUGAAAAGCUUAAAACUUGCUGAAGGAGUGAAUUGUUGCAAAAUUGGAACAAAUACUAAGACAUGUUUACAGGAUUGUGGUGAUAACAACAUAAUCAGCAGUGAUCCACUUCUUCGGCAGUCCGAGGCAUUAUGUCGUGGUUACAACGAUUACUGCUCAGGAAUGGAUAGUUGUUUUGCAGACCUCUAUCAAAAGGGCGGUUUCUCUGAUCCUUCAACAUUGUGCAAAAAUGUUGAUAGCUUCAUUGCCUGUAUUGAAAACAAAUGUGCGAAUAAGGGACAGAUAGGUCGACAAACUUUAUCCAAGAUAAGAGAGGUAUAUAAGGAUAUUUGUGGAGUUGUUGUUAAAUAUCCCACUGUUGGUUCAUGUAAAUCGUUUACAUCUUGUAUUGAGAAUGCACCAUCUCUACCAGGAACAGUUACUGGUAAUAUUCCGUCAUUUAUGUCUGCCCGGGACACCGAUAGAUGGUGCCAGGUCGCCAAAUAUUAUAUAUCUUGUGGAGUAGCAGCCAAGUCGUGUAACCUGGGUGCGGACUAUACUUCCGAUGUUUCUAAAGUUCAGGCGAAUACUAACCAAACUUGUACUGGGGUUCGUGGACCCUGUCCUUCAGUCUUGGGUUGCUUGAAGUUUGGGAAUACACCGAUUUUUAGGGACAUAUGCCCAAAAAUACCAGAAUUCGUGACCUGUACCGACGAUGCUUUGAAGGGGUGUGGUGAUGGAAGUCGUGUUAAUGCUGCUUACAGUCUAUCUGAUGUAAAGGAUCUAUAUGUUGAAACCUGUGAUGCCAUGAAUGACGAGUUGUACCAAUGUACUUUGGUGAAUUCUUGUCUUGAUUUACUGUUACCAUUAAACGCUGGCGACAUGAUUUACGAAUUAUCUGAUCAGACCUCGUGGUGUCGUAACCUAAACCGAAUGUUGAAAUGUACAGCUGAUGUAUCAACAGCCUGUAAACAACCAAAAUCUGUCCAUGACAAGUUUAUGAUGUUGUACAACAAAGUUAUCAAGCUCUGUCCAGAUGACCAGAAUAACAGUAGUGGCGGUCAAGCAGGAGCCAGGCGUUAUUUUCAACUUAAACACUCGACUAAUUUCAUCGGUCGUUCAACAUAA